AAACUCUCUCUGAUAUUAUGAAAGUCAAUGAAAAUCUCUCUUAAAUUUCAAAUAAAAUCUUUUUGAUUAUUGCUUUAAUUUAUUGUUAAAUCGGAUCUUCAGUUUUCGCUCGAAUUGUAUUUUAUUUGUUUCAAUACAUUCCUCAAUAUUUUGAAAAGUUUUGUCGAAACGAAAAUGAUCUCAGAGAUGAAGAUUCAAACCAUUACGAUAUCCAUUACUUUUGUAAUGAUAUUAUGUUUGACAUCAAUUAUAUCAGCAAAAUCUGUGCAAAUCUCUCAUUCAAAAUACCAUCAAAUGAGUGGAAGUCAAUUAAGUCGUGUCCAAAGAUCAGCCGAUGAAUACGAUGACAGUCUGACGCCUGACUUAUAUCAACCACUUCUUAAGGAACACUCGUUUCUGCGAUCGGCUUCUAAAAGGGCCGCGGCAAUGGGUGUGGAUUUACCCGAUUAUAUCCUCCACUAUAAGGGCAACAAUUGGCCAAAUUUAGGCUCAUUUCGGGAAAAGAUGCAGAAAAGUGGCAAAUAGUUAUCAACAAAACCAUUACAUUAUUGAAUUAUUUAAUAACUUAUUGUAACUUAAAAUAAAC